AUGUCCCAAAACAACAAUUCCUCUUCUCACACCAAUCCACACAGACAACAACAACAACACUUACAACACUUCAUGUCGGAACAUUAUUCCCCGUAUCAAAGUAGUGGGUACCAACAAGAAGAGCCUCAAAUUGUUUCCUCUUCCGAUCAUCAUGGAGCCUUUCAAGACUUUGGUCAAGAUGCUAGAAAUAGAGCCAGUCGGGGCAGUGAAGAAAUGACGGAGGAUAUGAUACAACAUGCUCUUACCAGCAACACUUCAAGUGGGAUAAGAAGAAGAAAACACGUGAGAAUUGAUGAACACGAACAAGCGGAUGCCAUGUCCGAUAUAAUGAUCCCAGAAGAGGAAAAUGAACUGGAAACAAAAAAAGCUGUAUUGAAUUCAAUGUUCGGUAUUAUGCCUUUUGCUGGUCACGUGUCGAAAAGAGAUAUCGCAGAAAGAAGUGAAAAGGUAAAAUCACUUUAUGAGCCAGUAACGGGCCUUAAACCAGAGCAAGUUAAAAACCCUGAGAGAAAUAGAAUGUUGGGUUUUGGAAAUAUUCUCUACUCAAUUCUUUUUGGAUGGUGGCUGUUUCUGGUGUAUAUUUUCGUUGGAAUUUUAUGCUUUUUGAGCAUAUUUUGUAUUAGUUAUGGCAAAAAGUGUUUUGAAUUUGCCUUUUAUUUCUUUUAUCCAUUUGGACAAUACGUAGAACGGAUAAUUGCUGAAGAUCAUGUCAUUAACUCAAAUAACCCAAACGAGAACACUUCUAUUUUAGCUGGAAAUGCAGACGAUAAUUCACAAUCUACAGAUAUUAAUUACUAUAACCUCCGAAAGAAGGAAAACAGAUUUGUAAAGAUUGUUGCAAUGAUCAUUUGGUGUGUUAUAUUGGCACCAAUGUUAGUGAUUGCUCAUGCUUGGUGCUGUCUACUUGCUUGGCUCACAGUAUUUGGAAUUCCAAUUUCCAAAGUUCAAUAUCAAGGAAUCAAAUUAUUAUUCAAGAGUUUUUUGGAGCUUCAUGUUAGCCAUCAAUUUCCUCCCAAUGUCGAGAGUGAUAUAAUAGUUUGUACCUAUCAGGCUUUUAACCUUUAUUACUACAAAUACUCUUUAUUUGGUGCAAACGUUAUACUCAUUAAUAUGCUACCUUUUGUACCAUUGAGUAUAAUUCUAGGAUUUGCUUUUGGAGAUGAGUUUGUUGAAGAGUAUGGUAUUGGUAUCUUCAUUUCUUGUAUUUUAGCUGUUGUUCCUCUUAGCUACUACAUCAGCAAGGCUGUGAGCUCAAUAUCUGCUCAGAGUAAUUAUGUUGUUGGAGCUUUUCUGAAUGCAUCUUUUGGUUCAGUGGUAGAGAUUAUCUUGUAUUUUGCAACUUUGUGGAAAGGAUUAUCUACUGUCAUUGUACAAGCAGUAACUGGAAGUUUUUUAGCAGAUACAUUAUUAAUACCUGGUUUAAGUAUGAUUGCUGGUGGAUUUAAACAUCAAGUUCAAUACUUUAACAGACAUGCUGCUGGAACCUCUGCCUUAUUGCUGCUGGUUGCCGUUGUUGGAUGUUUUGUUCCAUCUCUUUUUUACACAAUUUAUGGAAACUAUGAAUUAAGCUGUGUACAGUGUAUGGACACAGCAAUAUUCCAAAAUAAUACAAACAACUCCACCAGCCACUUUACUGGAUUUCCAAGGCCACGAGUAGAUGCUCGACGCAACUCAACAAACAAUGGUACUAGCCCUCUCUAUUCAUUGGCAUGCCAGAAUUGUUUUUAUGUGGAAAGAGAUUUUACUAAGGAUCCAAUAUAUCUCCACAAAGUAAAACCUUUGGCGCUUACAACCGCAGCCAUUCUACCUCUUGCUUAUUUGGUUGGUUUGAUAUUUGCGUUGAAGACACACAACAAGUACUAUCUACGACCUCCAAAAAUGGAUGACGAAGAUUCAGAGAAAGGAAAAAACAAGGGCCAUGGAGGACAUGGAGCAGCCGAAUGGCCCAGAUGGUUGUGUGUCAUUAUUUUACUUGUUGCUACAGUGGCGUUCGCGUUUGUGGCAGAAUGUAUGACAAAAUCUAUGGAACCAGCAUUUCAUGAGCUUAAAAUUCCUUUAGAAUUUGCCGGCCUCACCGUGUUUGCUGUCGUUCCGAAUAUUUCUGAAAUUGUCAGUGCCAUUAAGUUUGCUUUGCAAAACAAUGUCACGCUGUCUUUGGAAAUUGGCAACGUUGCAGGUAUUCAAACUGCUUUAAUUCAAGUACCUGCACUUGUUAUAUUCAGCGUAAUUAUUUUCCAAGAUGAUUUCACAAAAGUGUUCAGUUUAACAUUCCCACAACUCGAUUUGGUUGCCAUUUUCUUUGCAGUGAUCAUUCUCAACUAUGUGACUAUUGAUGGAAAGAGCAAUUAUUUCCAUGGCUUUAGUCUUACUGUGGUGUACAUUCUAAUUAUCAUUGCGUUCUUCUUUGCAUAUUUCUAG